UUUGUUCUGUGACAGCUGAAAGGAGAAAAUGGUACAGAAGUCCAUCUAAUGGAGUUAACAAAGCGAGUACUUUACCUGACAGUAGUGCUAAUUACAUGUGACGUAAUCGGAAAACGCAGGGGUCAGAAUCCUCCAAACCCUGAUGCCCCACGGUUGCUGGCCUUUUCCGUGGACCCACCGGUCAACCACACUCCUAAACUAGUCGUCGUCCCCGUGGAUACUAAAACUGACUUACGGCUAGGAUGUAGGAAGAAAAAUAUAAAUGAACCCAUUCAGGUAUUCUGGGAAAAAAUUGGCCCAAGGGGAGUAGAACAGAUCACCAGCAUGAUCACCCCUUAUCCCGAGGAUAGUGAAAAAUAUGAAGUUUCCACGGGCUCCUCAAUUAGUGAUGACGUCACUGACCUGUUUUACCUCACAGUUAAUAACAUUGAUUAUCAUGAUAUGGGGAAGUAUGUUUGUCAGACUUACUACAAGUACAGAAGAAUAGGUGGGGAAGUCGUGGUUUAUGUUAGAGGUCCCCCAAAAGUAGGUCUUUUUGAGUCCAUGAUCUCUGGAAUGCUGAAUUGGGACCUUAAAUUAGUGUGCCCUUUCCACUCCAAGGACGACAUUGAUGUCAGCAAUACUCUUUGGUAUAAAGGAGACCAACCACUCCAUAAUGGCACAAACGACAGGUAA